CGCGCGCGCAGCUCUCUCAGUAUAACGCUCCGCACGGCAGCAGCAGCCAGCCAGCGACGGACGCACGAGUCCUCGAGCAGCCUUUUCUCUCUACCACUCUCUGCAUUAUUACUCUAUUCCACACUACUUACGCACGAACGCUCUUUUCGAGAUUCUCUCCUCCCGUAUCGAAUCUUCUAUUCUAUUUUUCCGCAAUUUUUCCGAUGAGACAUGAGCAGCCGACGCCGAAGCGCCACUGCCGACGAGCUGCAGGAGCACGUGAACGGAGACUCGCUCUUCCGCUGACUGCUCUCGUGUUUACACGACGGGACAAUCGCUGAACCCCCGAGCCGACACGUUCUUCAUGUUGGCUCAGCGAGGGAAGCCCAGGAGGAAAAGAAAGGCCGGCUCGCGCGGUAUAACCACUGCUUAGCCCGCUCUUACUACUGACCCUCCGCCCGCUAUUCGGAGUUGCCCGAAAAGCCCGUUGUUUUUUCUCUCCUUGGUUCGCUUCCGUUCGGUUGAUCAUCCACCCUGCCGAGUGACAGUUUUGUGCAGAGCUCGUGUGUCUUCGUCGACCACACGCGCACGCACGCACGCACACGCAGCGGCAAUCGAUCGAUCGCAGAUUAUUGUGCUUCCCCUGUAUCGGUAGAAGAGCUGUCGGACUGGACAGUCGGGACUCGAUAGAGAGAGAGAGAUAGAGAGAGAGAGAGAGAGAGAGCGCAGCAGAUCAACGACAACAACAACAACAACAUCGUGCAUGCCCUCCCGGACAACUCCAAGAUGAUGUCGUCGUCGGGGCCAGCGGAAUAAUAAUGUGGUGCGACGUUGGACAGAGUUGUGCAAUGAUGGGUCUGCAGGCCACUUCAGGAAAACGCAAGCUGGAGGGCGGAGUGGGCUGCAUGGAUUUCGACAUGGAACUGGGCGAGAGCCCCUCGAAGCUCGGCCGAGUCGAGGGCAGCUGGUGGGCCAUGGAGGAGAGCUUCGUCUCGUCCUCGCCGACGGCCCUCAGCCCGGCCCAGCAGACGACCGGAUCGAGCUCGGCCUACUACGACAUGGAGGUCGUCGCGGCCUCCUCCUGCCUGCAGUCCGCCAGCCCCAACAACCCCUGCCAGCUGUCGCCGGUCGUCAGCCCGGCCAGCACGAGCAGCGCGGGCUCCACGACGACGAGCCUCACGCCCGCCAGCAGCACUACCAAUAUCUCCACGUCCUCCGCGGCCUCCGUGACGACGGUCAGUCCCGCCGCCGCCGCCGCCGCCGCCGUCUCCUCGACGCAGCAGCAGCAGCAGCAGCAGCAGCAGCCGCCGCAGCCGCAGCCGCAGUCGCAGCCGAGCAGUCACGCGGCGAGCCACCACCAGCACCAGCACCACCAGCAGCACCAGCAGCACCACCACCAUCACCACCAGCAGCAGCACCAUCACCACCACCACCACCAUCAGCAGCAGCAGCAGCAGCAGCAGCAGCAGCAGCAGCACUACUACCAGAGGACGGUGACGACGACGUCCUCGUCGACGACGUCCUAUCAGCAGCAGCAGCAGCAGCAGCAGCCGACGAGGCCGCAGGCCCAGUGGGGACACCACACGAACGCGCCCCACCACUACGAGCCGCCGACGAUACGCAGGGAGGAGAACGGCAAGAGCUACCUCGAGCUGGGCUCGAGCUACCGGGCGAACGAGCGCUGCUGCGAGGGCUCGCGCUCGAGCUGGUGCAGGCGCGGCCGAGCCUGCUACAGGCAGCGCCGACUGGCCGUCCUCAACAUCUCCAUGUGCAAGCUCGCCAGGUACCGGCAGUUCCCCGACCCCUCGCUGCACCGCUCGGUCCUCAUCUGCAAUACUCUGAGGUACCUUGAGCGCGAGAUGGAGCGCGACCGUAGCCCGCCGCCCAUGGAGCCCGUGAUGCCCGCCCAGCCGAGCAUGGCGCAGCUGCAGCCGCCCGAGCAGGGCAGGCUCACGCCCUUCCCCAUGCCGCCGAGCUCGAGCGCCGAGACCGACGUCGACUCCGGCAUCGGCGACAGCGACGACAGUCGCUCCAUCAACUGGGGCAGCGUGCUCUCCCUCUCCAGCCAGUCGCCCCUCGACCCGCUCAACAAUAACGAGUUGCUCGACGUCGACAUCGGGCCCGACCUAGACCUCGACUUCAUGCCCGGCUGGAAGCUCACGCCUCUCACCGGGCCCGGAUCCACCAACGGUGCCAGCCAGCAGCAGUCCAACAGCGGUACUGCCAGCAGUCCGGAGGACCUGCUCCGGGACAACUCGUCCUCCAGCUCCUCCAGCAAUCAGCAGCAGCUGCAGCCCAGCUGCAACGGAUCGACGGCAGCGUCCGGCGUUAGCAGCAGCAUCGGCAGCAGCACCAGCAGCACCAGCAGCAGCGGCAGCAGUACGCACGAAUCGCUCAUGUGCGUGGGCUCAUAGCCCCAGACGAUACUCACGUCGCUUAGUCACCUCAUCGACUUUUACCCGCUCGCGCCCUAGGCAGAGAGUCGAGCAGCAGCAGCAGUCCGAUGACGGACGACGGACAUUGCAAGCGCGCGUGACGCUAUCCGUGAACUCACCGUGAAUGUGUGUUAUGUUGUUGUUGUUAUGGGGAGUAUAUAGUAGUUAUUCGGAGGCGAGACCGUCCACAAAUCUGAGGAAGACGCUGCGAGUGCGCGCGACGCGUCGGCUCUUUCGCUCCUCACCCCGCGGCUCGUAACACAGGGUUUUGUCAUACACCUUCACGGAGAGAUCGCAAUAAUGAAAAAAAUUAUAAAAAUACGAUUGCCCGCGGGGAGCCGUAUUACAGGGGGAGAGCCGACGCGCCCGCGCCCGCUCGAGUUUGUACACAUGCGUAUGAUGUAUAUGUAUACAGUAUAGAUAUUUAUUGUUCGUGUCAAUUAAACACACGCUACUUCGAUUCUUAUACCGCGCGAGAUCCGCCCGCGCUUCUUCGCGAGACUCUCGAUCGCGACAGACGGAGAGAACGAGGGAGAGAAUGUGAGAGUGUAUGCGCAUGAGAUGACGACGCUCUCAACGUCUCCACGCCCCCGGGCCGGCGAUGCGCCGUCUUCGCACCCUGGCCCAAGCUCGAGAUAAUCAGGCAUCGCUCGCCUAGCCGGCCAACGUUGAGAGCCUCGUCAAGGCGAACGCUGCAGCUUUUCGUACUGGCUGAUUGUUAUAAUGUACCGCGAUUCGUACCCGAGGCGAAGCCUGGUGUGCUUUGAGCGACUAUUAGCUUUGUUAUUAGGAUUUAUAUUUAAUACCAGUGUUCUACGCGCUGGUAGAAAGAGAUUUUAAAUUAUCAUUUAUAUGAACGAGUAAAACUGAAUAAAAUAUUGUUGUUUUGUAUAAAAUACAUUGGCUUAUUUUCAAUUGCGCACGUUCACACACCUCAAAGCAUCGGGCUUUGCGCAGUGCGAGCCGUCGAUACUGACUCGAGAGUAUUACACACACACUGUACACACCGCACGCGAUUAUAACGAUGGAUCGAAGAAAUGGUGCUAGGACGUCUUACCCUGGUGCUGCUACUCCAGGCGGGGUCGUCGCAUUUUUUUAAUCUCUUUUGUACCGACUAAUUUCUUGAUUGUUUGCAUUACCGAUCAAUUUUCAUUCUGUGUCGCGGACAUUCGGGCGCGCGAAAUUCUAUGGCUUUUCUAAAAAGGCAUAAUAGAGUAGCGCGAGCGCGGACUCGGGAGCGAGACCACCGGCAAGUCAUCGAUCUCACGAGCCAGAUAAAAUAUUGAAAAUGUUGUUGUUUUGCCUCGCGCACUUGAUUGCCCGCGAUCUCGCUCCUUCGGCCGCACUUGCGUCCGCACAUUCGCUACUGCGCUUCGUAUAUGCGAAUCCGCUCGCCUCGUUUCUCUCGCCAAUGUGAUUUACGAACACGAGAGGAGCCGGACUCGGACUGUCUUAAGAUUCUUUACUUACUUUUUUUUUUUUACUUUUUUACACGCGCAACACCGAUUGAAAGAAAAGAAUCAAUAUCCGCAGGGAUUCGACUGAAUAUACUUAAAAGCAUGCAGCUGACAUAGAGUGUACAUGUACAUUGCACACACACCCACACACACAGAGAAGAUCUCGAGCGAGCCUAAGAUAUAGCGAGUACGAAAACGAAGUGAUAGAGCAAUUCUUAUGUAAAUAACGAAACGAUCGGUCAAGUUGUUUGCAUGUACAAUUCGUAUGGUUUCCGUUGUUUUCACGAAGACACACAGAUAAACGCUACACUUCCAGCCAGGUUUUCGAAAAUCUCCCGGUGCGAUGGCGAACGAAACUUGGACGUUUAGGCUUAGAAGGAACUCAUUUCCUCCCCCGAGACCUCAUCCUUGCGGACGAGGCACGACGAGCAAUAUAUUAUCCGCACGGACACAUCAGCAUUGUUAAACAUUCUAGUACACGAGGUGACUGACACAAAAAGCUGUAACACUCGAUGCAAAAAAGGGCAGAGUGCGUAUGAGCUGCCGCUGCGACGUCGCAUUUUUUGUACAACACAGAGAAAGAAAGAGAGAGAGAGAGAGAGAGAGGGAAAACACACUCACGGACUGUACCGUCGCGUUUUCUUCCAGGCAAAGACCGCACGAGGCAUCCGCCGGAGUCUGCGAGAACUGAAGAAUCGGAGACGACGCUAAAAGGGUCCGUCUCCCGACUUUUGCUGCGAGGACACGGCGGCGCUACGUGCGGGCUAUCGAUCAUGGCGAAUCUGAUAAGGGCGUUUGACGAAAACACUUACACACGUAAACACACCUAGCAAUACUCAGUGAGAGAAGCGAGAGACGCGCGAAUCGUCAAUAAUGAUAUGCGCGAGACGCAUCGAGAAUCGGCACAAAGGAAGACGUAUUAUAUUGUACAUCUAAUGUAAGUUCUGUGUAAUAUAAGGAAACAGGCGUUCGUGUGCAUUGUUACACUUUCUGUUUGUACUUUCUUUCGUGUGCAUAUCUGUGUGAGUGAUCGAUUGAUAAGUGAUAAAAAUGUGAAAGACAAGAACUGUAUGCGAACGAGAGAUAGAGAUUAUAAGCGAAGAAUCGAGUGCUGGAUGGGUUGUAACCACGGUGACUAUACAAAUGAAGUAUAAGGAUUUAAAAAUGAAUUAAGAUAAAACUUUGUAAAUAUUAUAAAUAGCACGCAAAGGUACGUCUAAACGAUGAGAAAUUAUAGGUAUAAAAUGAAAUAUGCAUAUAAGAUAUUAUUAUAUAUUAUAUAUAUAAACGAAGAAAUAUAUAUAUAUAUAUAUAUAUAUAUAUAUAUAUAUAUAAGAUUAUUAUAUAUAUUUACCUUGGUAAGUGAUAUAAGGGGGCCACGAUCGCUCGCUCGAUUCCCGGACGCCGACAGCCGUCAACAGGCGACUCGUACAUAAUACAAAUAAAAUGAAUAAAUAAAUGGGCCUUUGCUCUUAAAUAAA